GUUGAGGCUUUGGAUGCGUAUGCAACAGCUAUGAACAUCCUCCAAAAACUAAUUAGAAAUGUCCCAUUACGUCCAUUCGUCGCUACAGCCACAGAAAACAGCCUUAUACAGAAAAUAAACAAAACCGGAGGGGCCCCAAUUUCAAGUCCUAGUCUUGCUACCUUGUUGAAUGAUAGAUUUUCUGCUUUAUCAAUGCAAGAUAGAGGUAUGGCAACACUAGCCCAAAUGCAUCGAACGGGUCCGCAUCGCAAAUUCAACGUGAAGAAACGAGCAAUAGACGGUCAACCCUUUAUGAAAGGCGUAGUACUAAAAACUUUAAUAAAAAAACCGAAAAAACCGAAUUCGGCCAACAGAAAAUGCGUUCUGGUACGUUUGUCCAACGGCAAAGAAAUGGUGGCUUACAUACCGGGAAUCGGGCACAAUCUACAGGAGCACAACAUCGUUUUGUGUAGGAUGGGACGUGUACAGGAUUGUCCCGGUGUUAAAUUGAAGUGCGUCCGGGGCAAGUACGAUUUGGGACAUGUAAUUAUACAAAAGUAAUAAAGUAUGG